AUGUCUAAGAAGGUAGAGAAUUUGCAAAAGCUGGCUAUCAAGGAGCAGCAGAAACGGAUAAAGCCUGGUGUGUGUCAAAAAUACGUGCGAUUGGUUUUGGAUGCCAAUCUCUUAAACAAUUCCUUUGCCCAGGAGCUACUGCAUCAAUUAAACAAUAAAGAAUUGAAAUACGAUGUACGUAAGCUGGAAAUGAGUAAUUGCAUCAUCUGGGAGCGGAAUGUGGGCCAGCACUCACUGGUGUCAGGUGUCAACUUGGAUGAUGCCUGGCACAUGGAAAACCAAACGCUGAUGUUACUUACAGAUAGAGAUUUUCAGCGUGAGCUAAACAAUCAAACUCUGGAAUUCAUUGGAGCGAAAUUACAUACUGCUUUCCCCGAGUGUAGGUACACGGUAGUGGUUCCACGGACUCGUCAAAAUAGGAAUAACCACAAAAGCCACGAAGUUAAUGCUUUGAUUGAGAUGCAGCUGUUGCAGGACCUCCACGUAGAACAAUUGGGACUAGCUGGAUGUGAUGAGCUCCUAGCUUUGCUACAACGUUACACCAAAGCCAUUGCUGAGGCGCCAUACAAACACCAGCGGGCCGAAACGCUGCACAGCUUCAAGAAGUAUUUAGCUAAUGAUAAGAAGCAAUGCGUCCGCGUCCAAUCAGGUGGGGCAGCAUCGUAUGGACGUCUGUGGCAACAGCACCUUAAUCGCCUCCCUUUGGUUACUUUAGAGGUUGCAGAGUCAAUUAUUUCGCACUAUUCGUGCCCGAAACGUUUGCUGGACCAUUUUGAUAACAAUACAGACGCUGUGCAAACGCUUGCAGAUAUAAAGAUAAAACGAAGCAAUGGUCCACAUCCGUUACAAACAGAAAGACGAAUUGGGAAUGUGCUCUGUAGCAAGCUGCAUACGUUGUAUAGUACUCGAGACCCAAAUACUUUAAUCUAGUAAUAUCUGAGAUUUAAUGUCAGUAGAUGGUAAUUUUAUG